CCGAGCCAGUUACCGCGAGUGCAGACGUCUGUCUGCAGUGAAUGAGGCCCUCCAUCUUGUGGCGCGGCAGAGGAGAACAGCAGCAGAGAUGGCAGACUACAGCAGCGUGGCUCCACCGUCCUCUAACGCGGGUGGGGGGAUGAACGAUGCYUUUAAAGACGCUUUACAGCGAGCGAGACAGAUCGCAGCCAAGAUCGGCGGAGAUGGCGUUGCGGCUCCACCAACGAACGAGUUUGGCUACGGAGGCCAGAAAAGGCCCCUGGAGGACGCUGGUGGGUAUUUUCCCAUGCCUAACCUGAAUAUCGAUCAACCAGAAACAAAGAAAGUAGCUACAAAUGACGCCUUCUCAGCCAUGGGAGGAAUGGGCGGCCCUCCAAGAUCAACAUCAGAGGAAUUCAAGGUUCCAGAUGGAAUGGUUGGAUUUAUUAUUGGAAGAGGAGGUGAACAAAUAUCCCGCAUCCAGCAGGAAUCGGGGUGUAAAAUACAGAUUGCUCCUGACAGCGGAGGGAUGCCCGACAGGUCGGUGACAUUAACGGGGGCACCAGAAUCAAUCCAGGCCGCAAAGAGACUUCUUACUGAGAUCGUGGAGAAGGGGCGUCCGGCUCCAGCCUUCCACCACAACGACGGUCCGGGAAUGACGGUCCAGGAAAUUAUGGUGCCUGCUUCCAAAGCUGGCCUCGUCAUUGGGAAGGGAGGAGAGACCAUCAAAAGCCUUCAGGAACGAGCCGGCGUGAAGAUGGUCAUGAUCCAAGACGGACCUCAGAACACGGGCGCAGACAAGCCACUCCGCAUUUCUGGAGACCCGUUUAAAGUCCAGCAAGCCAAAGAAAUGGUGAUGGAGCUGAUCAGAGAGCAGGGCUUCAGGGAGCAGCGGGGCGAGUACGGGUCCAGGGUCGGAGGAGGAGACAGCUUAGAUGUUCCAGUCCCGCGGUUUGCAGUUGGGAUUGUAAUCGGCAGAAAUGGAGAGAUGAUAAAGAAAAUACAGAACGACACAGGAGUCAGAAUCCAGUUCAAACCAGAUGACGGCACCACGCCUGACAGGAUAGCACAGAUCAUGGGCCCUCCAGACCAGGCCCAGCAUGCAGCAGAGAUCAUCUCGGACCUGCUGAGGAGCGUCCAGGCUGGAGGCCCUCCGGGACACGGAGGGGGCAGGGGACGUGGUCGUGGGCAGGGCAACUGGAACAUGGGGCCCCCUGGUGGCCUGCAGGAGUUCUCCUUUACAGUCCCAACCAUGAAGACUGGGCUGAUCAUUGGAAAAGGGGGCGAGACGAUCAAAGGCAUCAGCCAGCAGUCGGGAGCCAGGAUUGAACUGCAGAGGAAUCCUCCACCCAACGCCGACCCCAACAUAAAGAUGUUCACCGUCAGAGGAAACCCUCAGCAGAUCGACUACGCCAGGCAGCUGGUGGAGGAGAAGAUCGGGGGUCCAGUCACUCCGAUGGGAGGCCCACAUGGUCCCCCRGGUCCACAUGGUGGGCCWGGUCYKCAUGGUCCUCCGGGACCACCAGGACCCCCAGGYGCUCCAAUGGGACCUUACAACCCUGGACCUUACAACCAAGGCCCUCCAGGACCACAUGGCCCUCCUGCUCCUUAUCAGCCUCAAGGAUGGGGGAACGGUUAUCCUCACUGGCAGCAGGGCCAGCCGGAUCCAAAUAAAGCAGCAGCUGAUGCCAACGCGGCAGCGUGGGCGGCGUACUACGCUCAGUACGGCCAGCAGCCUCAGGCCUCCAUGACUCCGACCAGCGGCGCUCCAGGCACGGCUCAACCCAACGGUCAAGGUGACCCACAGGCUGCAGGUCAGAGUGGACAGACAGAUUACACCAAGGCCUGGGAGGAAUAUUACAAGAAAAUGGGUCAACAGAAUCAGCCGCCUCAGGACUACACGAAAGCCUGGGAGGAGUAUUACAAGAAACAAGGUCAAGCCGCGCCGCAGGCCGCUCCGGCUGCGGCGCCGGCGGCUGCUCAGCCCGGCGGCCAGCCGGACUACAGCGCCGCCUGGGCCGAGUACUACCGCCAGCAGGCCGCCUACUACGGCACCGGAAACCCUCAGGCGAUGGGUGCAGCGCCACAAGCCCCUCAGGUACGCCGCGAWUAAGAAUCUGCCCGCUACAUUGACUGCAGCACUUGUCAUUUGUACCUUAACUCCCCCCAGAUUCCUUCCUCAGGUUUUUACAGGGCUCCAGUGAACGCAGCAGCAGCAGCAAAAAAAAACACCCUAACUUUUUCUUUUUCCUCCCUCAGCAGGUUUUUUAAUCUUUUUAUUUUGGGAAGCUGAGUCCACUGUUUCUGCUGUUAACAUGCAAUGUAUCUUCUAUGUAUUUCUUCUGCACAGGGCCAGUAAUGUGAAGUGGACAUAAAGUAAAUGCUACAUUGUCGAAACAAAAUCCUUUGUUAAAUGUUUGGAUGCAGACGCCUUGAUGAAGAUCUUAAAUUUCCUUGGUUUGAAAGUGUUUCACAUAGAUGGCAGAUUACCCGGCGAACACGUCCUCUUGGUUUUGUUUUUUUUGUUUUUUCUGUUUUUUUUUUCCUUCUGUUUUUCUUGUAAAUGCUAUGUUUUUAGUAAAGGUAAUUAUACAUAUGGUCAUUCCAGCCCUGUAUCUACAUUAAAUGUGGUUAGAACUCAUGUUUAUUAAGCUGUAGACAUUACCAUGUAAAUCAUCUCAGUUUUAAAAAAAAAAAAAGAAAAAAAAAGAAAAAAAUGCUAUUGCCUGUUGUGUUUUUGCAAUAAAACAAACUGAAACCUCCUGUGUUGGUAAGUUUGGGUGGUUCAAAACAAACAUGCAUUGAAAAAAAGGGUUUAAAUGAAAGUCUUUGUUUUGUAUUACCUGUUUGAAACGUAGGCAAUGUGUGGGUUUGUCCUAUAAAAAUCGACUUUGAAGUUGUGCUGUCCUGUCUCUCUCCAACUUGUCUAUAAGGCUGAGAAACGUGAUCCUGAAUGAUUCAUUUGCUGAUUAGAAAUUGUUUCCUUUUUAUUUUUAAACAUUGAAAUUGCUGACUGUAGCUGUAGAUGCUCUUGAAUUGACAGGUAUGUGUGGCGUCGCUGUUGAGCUAGUUGUUGUUGUUCUGCACUGCUGUUUUGCCCCUGAUAGCCACUUCCUCUUCCACAGGAAAGUUUAGAAAAAAACAAAAUUAUGCGGUAAGCAGGUAAUCUGAACACGUCCCUCAGAAAAUGUGGUCUCAAGAAAUGCUAUAUAUUUUUAGUGUCAUUUUUAUUUUUCCUUUUUCCAGGACAGUCAGGUGAAUUUGCAACUGUAUGAAACAAAAAUGUGUUGAAGCUUUAUUUUUUUAUUUUUUGUCUUGCCCAAUCCCAAUUCUGUAUUUUUAACUUUCAAUGAAGUUUAUAUAUUACAUAAAAACAUUGCAAAGUGUUUAUCCAAUAUAAAAGCAUAGAUGUUGUAGGGUCGGGGGUGGCUAAGCAGCAGCUCCAUCCAUCAGUUGAGCCCUCCUCUAAUGUAAGUACAAAACUAAGAAAUGCACUUUUUUAUGCUUUCUAAACUGCUAAAAAUGUAGAUUUUGUGAGAAAUUACCCCACUUUCCCUCUUUUUUUAAAUCUGGGUAAGUAUGAAAUGUACUGAAAAGAGGCAAAAAGUWAAGUUUGAUUCUUGUACCACAUGUUUCUGAGACUUGUGACUUGCAUAAUUUAGAUUUGUAGCAUUGAAAGUAUGACUUGUUUAGAAUGUGUAGUGAUGGAUUUUCUGAUACGAGGGUAGAAAUCUGGGUUUUGCGUUCUUUACAUCUGACCUGCUGAGUGAUUUUGUUAGCUCAUGUUUAUUAUUUAACCAAAACAGAAAUGCUGUUCAAUGCCAGUACUUGUAUAGAAAGUUCAUAGCAUGUCCCAUUUAAGCAUGUGGAUGCUAGUUGUGGACUGAUCAGUCCUGCCAGGCUGUUGAACUAAAGUCGGAACAAUAUUUGACUGCAUUGUUCACUGAUGGCAAACAGUGCAAUAUACAUAUAUAUAUAUCUGAUCUUUGCAGUGUCAUUCCAGACCUUGCACCUUAGGUUCUGCCGCAUUAACACAGGUAAGCGAAACCUAAGGGAACAAGUGUAUUUUUGUCCUCUGAAAAUGACGUGUACUCAUGCAAAGAAAUGCUUACCUGUGGUGUUAACAUGCCUCAAUGCGUUGAUGCUUAGUUGUAAAGAAAUGUGCCUAAUAUUUACACACCUGAGCAGUCCAUUUUUUAUUUCAUUUCUUAGCCUUUUUGAUUCCUGAACUGCAUGAUGGGUUAUCACUUGUUUUGAUGGUUGCCUUCCCAAAAAAUAAGAAAUGUUUGUCAAUAUGUGCUCCAUAUUUUCCUUCUGGUAAGUCCACUGUUUCUCACGGAUACCUUUAGGUUGACAUUGGGUUUWAAUGAAAUGCAUGCUACGCUGUUGCCAGAAGUUAGCAAUGUGCUCAAAUGUCAGGUGGAAUAAUCGGUGAAAUGCAUUUUUAUCAUUAUUUGUUCUCUGAAUAAUUUUCUGUCGUGGUGUAAAUCUGCCCUAAAGUGCAGUGCAAACCUUCUAUUGAAACGUUGCUGCCUUCACUUCUUGCUCACAGUGUUGGAGGAUGCUGCAGGCUUUAGGUCGUAAAAUCAGGCCGUGUCGUAGUUUGUCUCCCCCCCCUACCCCAAAAGGAGGAAUCCUUUGAGUCAGUCCAGCUGCUGAACGUAGACCGUUCAAGAGCUCCAGUGAUAAGGUAAAGCAGCAAACGCAAUGAAAUUUAAAUUCUGUGAUUGCAAAUUGUUGCUCAGAUUGAUUUGUUUCUGCCAGCCUGGGUUGACUUUAACUCUUUCAUGAUGCUACAGUGUGUUAGAGGUUGUUUCUGAAUGCCUUUAUUUACAAAUGUACCUCUUUUUUAAGCUUUAGAAAGUUGGAUGAGAGCAGGAACUGAAACUUUAAAUGACCCAUACAGUGUUUUAGGCAGAAAAGUUGGAGGUUAUCAGUUUUUAUUUGUAGUAAAUAAAAUAUAAAAAAGGGGUUUUAAUUGUUUUAGACUGAGAUGCGCUAAAGUGUUUGAAAACAGGGGUUGUAGAGGACAAAACAAGAAGCAUGCCUUAGAGGUAAAACAGGUUUCAUGUGCUGUGUAUAUUACAUUACUGGGUUGUCUUUUCAAUUACCUUUAAUAUGUUGCCAUGUUCACCAAUAAAGUUGUUACAAACGGGA